GUGAAGCGUGCAGAGCGGCUCAGACGAGGAUUACCUGGAUACUACUGGCAGGCCACUUUAUUAUUUAAAAGUCGCGUUAAAGUUGCUGAAGCGGAAUUUGAAUGGAACUAUUUGUCUGAACGACAGCCAUGGCGCACCGGCUUUUUCACAUUGUGCAAAUACUGGUGAUUUUGGAGUGCGGUUGGAGUAAAGUGGCACCGCUGGAGGAGGUUGGUGAGAUAGUGCGUCCAAGUGAAGAUGAUUCACCGCAAGUAGAAAGCGCCAAACGAGACAUGGUUUCAGUGAAUAUGUUCAAAGUGUACGAGAAGUACAGUAAGGACCCGCAGAGUCACAGCCAGCGGGAUGGAAACACUGUGAGGAGUUUCAAAGCGGUCCCAGUUAUGUCUCAAGGCAAAGAAAUCUUCCUGUUCAAUCUAUCCUCCAUCCCGGACUCCGAGCUCAUCCUCUUGGCCUCUUUUCACUUCCUCCACAAGCGACCCCGGCAGCAGCAGCAGCAGCGAAUGUGGCGCUUCCGAAGGCCUCGACACACAUCUGAAUCGCAUCCUAUCCAUCAAUCUCCGAGACUCCUCUUCCACGGAUCGUCCUCAAACUCUGAUUUUGCAAUGCCACUGGGAAACAUAACUCUUGGCUCGUUUAAGAAAGGAUCUUGGCAAACUAGAGACAUCACAGCAGUGUUGAAACAUGCUAGGGAUGUCAGGAAGCUUGUGAUCUUUGCAGAUUUUGACAUGGGAUAUGCUCAAACACAACCUCGGGGUGCUUCUAACCAAGAACGUUUGUCUUCAAAUAACGUACCCUACAUUAUGGUGUAUGCAGAUGACCAAGCAAUUGAUGAGCCAAACAGCGUUGCUUUGUCACUUCAGCGAUAUGGUCCAGCUUCUGUUGGUGAUGAUUCGGCAACAGCAUCCAGGAUUAGAAGAGAGCUUAACCUCCAGAUCCAAACUAAUGACAUCCCAGAAGUCCAGUACAACAGUUUUAAAAAUCAUGAACUGUGGCAUAACACAUAUUUUCCAGCCAAAGCUAAAACUGAGGUCAAACCUAGUAAAAAGCAAGGACAGGAGAAUAGCGAGGGUCUAAGCAAGCCCCAGGUGCUGAGCUUUGAUGAAAGGACGAUGAAGAAGGCCAGGAGAAGACAGUGGAGUGAGCCCAGAGUUUGCUCAAGACGUUACCUAAGGGUGGACUUUGCGGACAUUGGCUGGAGUGAGUGGGUUUUGGCUCCAAAGUCAUUUGAUGCUUAUUACUGUGCUGGCACCUGCGGAUUUCCCAUUCCCAAGGUGGUGCGUCCAUCCAAUCACGCCACCAUCCAGAGCAUUGUGAGAGCUGUAGGAAUCAUUCCUGGUGUUCCUGAGCCUUGUUGUGUUCCAGAAAAAAUGAGCCCUCUAAGCGUACUUUUCCUCGACCCAAACCGGAACAUGGUGCUCAAAGUUUACCCCGGCAUGUCAGUGGAUACUUGCGCUUGUCGGUAGGGCCACAUGGGCUACUAGAACUAUAGAAAUGACUGGAAUAAGGGUAUACCAGCCGAAACCUCAAAGGAUAACAUGAACCUUUGGACAUGAGUUUAUUUCUCGGACAUGCCCUAUGGUGACUUCUAUCCCUGUGCCAACUAUUCACAGUUGUGUUUCAUUAAGCAAUUCUUCAAUAUCUCUUCAAAAGUGCACUUACAGUACUGUGAGUAUGCAAUGAUCCGGAAGUCUUGGAACAGAUUAGGUGGAUAAGGCACACUUAAAUAAGCUUCUUAGCAUACUUUCCUGCCUCUUUUACACUGGGAGAGUUUUUUUCUUCUCUUCAUUUGACUUGAUUGCUUCUUUUAAUCCAGGACUUUGCCUGCGCCAUAUAAUUGGAAACACAUUUGAACAACACUUGCCUAAUUUAAUGUUGCUGUUUGUAGUUUCAAAUGGUUAGUACAAAGCCAAUGCCAAGUUAAUAACCUCUAAAAUUAUAUUAUACUGUAAAAAUAAUGCUUAAAUGUCUACUUUGUUUUCUUAUGUAGAUUUAUUGUCACCCCUCACACAUAGUAGUCUGUGAUUACAGAGGACACUUUGUUAGUAGAGCCUUUUUUUGUACUUGAUUGUUUGAAUCAGUUGUGUCACAAGCACAUUUUAAGACAGUGUAGUGCUGCCCCCUACUGUCUAUUUGGGGAAUAUGCAAUGACAUUGAAAGCAUAAUUGUGUUUAUAUAUAUCACUUUUCUCCAUAGCAAAUCUAUUUGUGUUUAAUUAAGGUUGUAUGCAUCAGUAGGUUAAAUUUCACUAGAUUUCACAAAACAGAGAUCACUAGCAAUGUUUAUAUGAAGUGUAGGCAUAUACUGUGAAUGUAGGACCAUUACUAUGUGAGAAUUUAUUUUCAAACCAAGUUUAAAUAACUUUUGUUCAUAUUUGAAAGUUUCAAUCAAUGUUUAUUACAUUUAAGAUAUGCAGAAACUAAUAAGGUGUGUAAUUUCAAAGGUUGCAAGUUUGAGUACAUGUUUUUGUGGAUGCAAUUACAUUUAUUUAAUAAAGCCUAACCCAGUAACUUUGGGCAUUUUGGCCUUAUUUAUCAAGGGGAAUUAAAGCACAUUA